AGCCCUUGUCUUGUGACGGACUGAACACUGCAGUCAGUAUGGAAAUCUCUGAACCAGUUGUAGAAAACGGAGAAACCGAAAUGUCCCCGGAAGAUUCGUGGGACCACAAAGAAGAAGCCCUCGAGUCUGAACUCGGAGGGGGACCCUCCGGAGAUGCAGGAACUAUUGAAGAGGGCGCCCAGGAGAUGAUGGAGGAGGAGGAGGAGAUACCAAAACCCAAAUCCAUGGUAGCGCCACCAGGUGCUCCCAAAAAAGAACACGUAAACGUAGUAUUCAUUGGACAUGUAGAUGCUGGCAAAUCAACCAUUGGAGGACAAAUAAUGUACUUGACAGGCAUGGUGGAUAAGCGAACGCUUGAAAAAUAUGAAAGAGAAGCGAAGGAGAAAAACAGAGAAACCUGGUACCUUUCCUGGGCCUUAGACACAAACCAGGAAGAGCGUGACAAAGGCAAAACAGUAGAAGUGGGUCGUGCAUAUUUUGAAACCGAGAAGAAACACUUCACGAUCCUAGAUGCUCCUGGGCAUAAGAGCUUCGUUCCAAAUAUGAUUGGUGGUGCUUCUCAAGCCGAUCUAGCUGUGCUGGUCAUUUCUGCAAGGAAAGGAGAAUUCGAAACCGGUUUCGAAAAGGGGGGGCAAACAAGAGAGCAUGCCAUGUUGGCCAAGACAGCCGGCGUGAAACACUUAAUAGUUCUUAUUAAUAAAAUGGAUGAUCCGACCGUGAACUGGAGCAACGAAAGGUAUGAAGAAUGUAAAGAGAAACUGGUGCCAUUUUUGAAGAAGGUUGGCUUCAACCCCAAAAAAGACAUUCAUUUCAUGCCCUGCUCAGGACUGACCGGAGCAAACCUCAAGGAGCAAUCAGACUUCUGUCCUUGGUACAUCGGGCUACCAUUUAUUCCAUAUCUGGAUAAUUUGCCAAACUUCAACAGAUCAGUUGAUGGACCAAUCCGGCUGCCAAUUGUGGAUAAAUACAAGGAUAUGGGCACGGUGGUUCUGGGGAAGCUGGAAUCGGGCUCUAUCUGCAAAGGCCAGCAGCUUGUGAUGAUGCCAAACAAGCACAACGUGGAAGUCCUCGGGAUCCUUUCCGACGACGUAGAAACCGAGGCCGUCUCUCCGGGCGAAAACCUAAAGAUCCGCCUGAAAGGGAUUGAAGAGGAGGAGAUCCUCCCGGGGUUCAUCCUCUGCGACAGUAACAACCUGUGUCAUUCAGGGCGCACUUUCGAUGCUCAGAUAGUGAUAAUUGAGCACAAAUCUAUCAUCUGCCCCGGUUACAACGCAGUGCUCCAUAUUCAUACCUGUAUUGAAGAAGUCGAGAUCACAGCCUUAAUCUGUCUGGUAGACAAGAAAUCAGGAGAGAAAAGCAAGACCCGGCCCCGUUUUGUCAAGCAAGAUCAAGUCUGUAUUGCCCGUUUAAGGACAGCAGGAACCAUCUGCCUUGAGACCUUCAAAGACUUCCCCCAGAUGGGGCGCUUCACUUUACGAGAUGAGGGGAAGACCAUUGCGAUUGGGAAAGUUCUGAAACUGGUUCCGGAGAAGGACUGAGCCUUGUUUCUGACCAGCCUGCACAAAAUACUGUGAGGGGGGGGACUGACUCUCAAAAGCCUACUUCACAUCGCCUUCUUCUUUCCCUUCCCAUCGAUAAAACUUCCUUCCUAUAUUUUGCAACGACAAAUUUCACCGCAAAGGUCCACAUUAUGUCAGCUUUCUCAUAUUGAGAGCUCUGCUAUGCCACUGU